AUGUCAAGUCCGUCAUCGCUAUUGUCCACACCUCUGGUGGAAGCACUUCAAGAUACCGAUGACCCACCUUCAGAAACGCCAUUGCCUGAAGAAGAUGUCGAGGAUAUCAACGUCAGUGAAAAGCGAGCCAAUCCCGAGUCUGAAACCCUCCCAGCUGCCAAACGCAAGGCCAAAACUACCAAGAUCCCCUCCGAUAUCCUCCAGAAGCGUAGAGAGGGAAGAGCGAGGGCAAUGGCCAGUCUUCAGAACAAGCUGAACGAACUAGGAAUCAAGCGCACCGACGUGGAGAACGAUCUGGUAUUUUCGUCCAUUCCUACGAUUCCGCUGAUCAACCAGAAAAAUUACUACACAGACUACUUGAAGAAAGAUGACCAAUUCAAGAUGACUCGCAAACUCAAGAAUUUGAGUUCGAUCAAAGAGAAGCUCACCUCUCCAGAUGUAGAGGCUGAAGACGAACAAGAAGGCGAUGAUGAUGAGAAGUCGCAAACCAUAGUACUUCACCCUGGAAGCAGUACCAUCAGAGUCGGACUAGCGUCUGAUGUGGAUCCACAUCUAGUUCCCAAUUUGAUAGCAUACCAGAAGAAGUCGGAGACUUCUCAAACGUUUGAGAGGGAUCCAAAAAGGGAGGUCGUCAAUGGUGACAUAACAGUCGAUGACCCAGAUUUCACCAAAACCGGCAAGAUCAUCACGAGCAACUUCAAGGAGAGGAUGAAGUACUACAAGCGUAGGAUCUUGCCGAAUUCCCAGGAUACCUGCUACAACUUCAACAAAAGGCAGCAACCUGAAAUCAUCCCCGAGCACAACGAUGUCCACAGAAUCGACUACACCAACCCAGAUGCCAAGUUCAUUGUUGGGGAAGAAGUCUUGAAACUGAAGGAUGAAUCGAACUGGGUGAUCAGAUCUCCCUUUGAUUCCGGAAAGUUCCACGAUCUCAGCAGCUUUUACAGUUCGUUCCAGGAGAUCCUGGCUGAUGUGGAAAACAUGCUGAGUUCCAUUAUCACAGACAUUCUGGAGAUCGAUCCAAAAAAGAUCUCCAAUUACAAUUGCGUUCUCGUCAUUCCAAACUUGUUUGACAAGACCUAUGUUGAGACCAUGUGUUUUUUGCUGUUGAACAGCUUGAAGAUUGGGAACAUCUCUGUCAUUCAGGAAGGCAUCUCUGCAACCUUUGGAUCUGGUAUUUCGAGUGGUUGUAUUGUUGACAUUGGAGCUGCCACAACCAAAAUCUGCUGUGUCGAUGAAGGAAUGAUCCUACCCAACUCACAGGUGGAACUGAGCUAUGGUGGAAACGACAUCACUAGAGCUCUGGUGAAGAUGUUGUUGAACAACCAGUUUCCAUAUGGCGAUAUCGACCUAAAUGAUCUGAGCGACUGGAAUCUUGCAAAUGAGUUAAAAGAGAAGUACUCAACAUUCCAAGAUGCUGAUAUUGCUGUACAAAUGUACGGUUUCGUUUCCAGGAAGGCGAACCAGCCAAGCAAGAAAUACGAAUACAAGCUAUUCGAGGAACUGAUGAUCCCCGCUAUGGGCCUUUUUUACCCCGACUUCUUCAAGGACGGAUCGGAUCAGAGGAGGGUAUUGGGAAAGAAGUCAUCUGCGCAGAAAGAAGUGGAUGUUUUGAACUCUUCAAGAGUGCUGCCAAAACACUCUGAUUAUGUCUCCGGAACAUACGACAAUCCCGUUUCAAAGCUCCAGCAGUUUGAGCAACUUGGUAAACUCAUCACACUGAUGGAAGACGACGCUGUUCUCAAGACUCUCAAGAACAUCGAUGAUGAAAAUUUCCAGGUUUCAGACGACGCUUCGGACGAGAAACUGAACUACACUCCGUUGGACUUGGCUAUAAUCGAGUCCAUCACGUGUGCCUCGUUCAACGACAAAAACCGCAUGAAGAGAUUGUAUGAGAGCGUACUGCUGGUUGGUGGGUCGUCUCUGUUCAACGGCUUAGACCUGAUUCUGAUAGAUAGGAUUCACAUAUGGAGAUCGAAGCUACUUUCUUCGAACUUGCUGGAUGAUAUAGUGAAGCAGUACGAGGACGAAGUCACCCCAGCCGUACAGAACAUGCUGAUCAACUCCACAGCAGUGCCGAUCGAGAUUCUGUCCUCUUCAAAGGAAGUGAAUCCUUCCUCGAUGAUUUGGAAAGGUGGAUGCGUCUAUUCGCGUCUGAAAAUCAUUAAUGAGCUGUGGAUCAGUCUCGAUGACUGGGACAUGUUGGGAAGUCGGUGCUUGAACCAGACGUGUUUGUUCAACUACUAA